ACCUCUUUGCGAGAAGCUGCUAUAGCUUGUAGGUCGUGUCCCUGCUUACAUUUUCCCAUUGGUACCCACUUGGGUUUAAGUGCGACUCAAGGACCGAACAACUUCACCACUACAUUUGCCAACAUCCACAGCUAUUUAACCACAGCGGCAUUUUUGUUUAGGCAAAACGGCUGCCCCCAGCGUCUUCUACCAUUUGGCGCUCGAACACCUUGCAUCGGGGAGCCCUGGCGCAGCCCACGCGCUUGGAGCUACGUGCUCCUGCGCAAGAUGUGGGCGACAGCGCAGCUUGACAGUUCAUCCGUCGAAACACACUCACCACUUACACGCUAUCAAGUGGUAAACAACACAGUCGUUUCACCGGGGCAUACGCGUGGCGGUGGCGUUCUUCAGCCAAGGAAAGCUCCCAUAAUGUGGCGCUCGCGAGGCGCGAAAGUCAUAAGAACUGUACCAGCCUGGAAGGGCUUGGCCCUGGCAAGCAGGAGUGCAGUUAUUGCACCAUCGCACCCUCGGUCGCCAGGGCCCACGGAUGGCGGGGAAACGUUUUCGCGUUACCUACAAGAAAUGCUCCAGAAGGAGUAUACGCUUGGGUAUAUCGUGAUGAUGAUGCUCAGCAAAGGGGCCUCAGCGCUGUGGGUGCUGCUAGAGUUGCUUUCACACAUGCAGUCCAGCAACACAACGGAUCGCCGACGCCCUCGAAGGCCCUCGUCCCAGCCUCGGAGCCCCUCCUCCGGCCCAGUCCUCUCCCGGGCCUUUAGGGAGCUCUCCGCGCCUCGCGUCUUCUACAUCACCAUUGAGACCAGCAUCACGGUGCCGAGCAACGAGGAGCUCUCUGACGUGCUGCAGCUGCCUCGGCCGGUGCCAGCAACCUCACAGCCUCGGCCCCGGCAGUCCCCUGCAUCCACCCGACCGGAAGGCAUAGGUAUAGGCUCCUUACCGCGCCCGCCCGACAAGCCUACUCCCAACAACCGGCCUAGAAUCAGUGACGGAGGCUGUGGCAGCGGUGUGGGUAGCAGUGGCGGCAGCAACUAUAGCGGUGCUGGUAGCGUCGCCAGCCGCAGUCCCAUCAGCAGUGAAGACGGCGGCAUCGCCGCUAGCUCCGGCGGCAGUGCCGGCGGUGGUGGCGGCAGCGGUCGCAAGAGCGGUGGCGGCGGCAGCGGAAACGGCGGCGGCGGCGGCGGCAACAAUGAAGACCAAGGCCGUACUCCCGGCGGCGACGACGACCGCAACCCCAACCGCGACGCGCAGCACCCAAGCCUCUGGCAGGCGGUGGCGCUGUGCCUCGCCUUGGUCCUCACGCCCAACGCCCUCCUGGAGCUCAUGAUGAGCCUCUCGCAGCCCCUCCUGGAGCCGCCCUCGGCCACAUCGGAGCGCACGCGUCAACAGCGGCAACGCCUCACCGUCCGCAUCUCCCCCCCGCUCCGCCGUCGCUUCGUGCUGCCACACCACGCCGCCUCCGCCGCCCUAGACGGCGAGGGAGUGCUGGUUCUGAGCCCGGCCAGCGCCGCAGCACGGCUGCUGUUCCCCUCGGGAGGGAAGCAGGCGGCAGGGAUGAGCGCGGAGGGAUCCAUGUGGCUCGCCUCGCGUAUGGCGGCGGAGGAGAUUCGACCGCGACUGAAUGCCGCGGCGCGAGUUGCGGGCCUCGGUGGUGACUUGUGCAGUCUGCCGCUGACGGCGCAGGUUGCGAGUCUGGCGGAUGCGCUGAUGGCUGCGUACGAGAGGGAGGCGAGGCUGGCGGCGCGGCUGAUGACCCGGCGGGCCAUGAGCUUUGUGAUGAAUGAGGAGAAGGUGAACGAGCUGGCCGCCAUGCUGGACGAGUCCACUCGCGCCCUGGCCGCCUCGCAGCGCCGCAUGGGCCAGAUCUCGGAGGGCAUCGAGGCGGUCCGCAUCGAGAUGGAGGGCGACCUGCUGGCCAUGCAGGCGCACGUGCAGGAGCUGUCGGAGCAACGAGAUGCGCUGGUGGCCCAAGCCUCCGCCAGCCACGAGGAGGUCCUCUCCCUGACCGAACAGCUCUCUGCGGCCGAGGCUGCCACCCGUGACCUCGCCUCGCAGCUAGAGACCGCGGAGGCCGCGCGGCAGGAGGUGGGCGCGCAGAUUGCGGACUUUGCCGCUCGUCUCACCCGGCUUGACGGCUCCAUGCGGCUGGUGGCUCAGGAGAGGGACCAGGAGCGGAUGAGGGGCGAGGGACUGCUGGAGCAGCUGAAGCAGGCAUCCCUGCUUGCUGCUUCCCUGGAGGCGGCCCUUGCCUCCCCCAACAACUCGGCCUCGCCCACAAGAACCGACGACACCCUCGCCCAACAAGACUCCUCUCCCUCCUCCUCCCCAACCUCCUCCCCUUCCUUCUCCACCCCCUCCUCCUCUCCCUCCUCCUCCAUCCCCGCCUACGUCAGCGCCCUGCCCGACCAGCUCCGAGCCCUCCUCUCCACCGCCCAGCAACGCACCGCCCGCCUCUCCCAGCUCCAACAGGAGCGCGCGGCCCUGCAGCAGCAACUGGAGCUGCAAGCCACCGCCCGCACCAACGACGCCGAGCUCCUCGAGCGUUCCCAACAGGAGGCUCAGGUGCUGCGCGGAGAGGUCAUGCAGCUCGGGGCGCUGCUAACUCGAGCCACGGAGACCCGUGAGGCACUGGAGAUGGAACUAAGGGCCGCUCAAGACCGUCUGGAUGACCUGCAGGACCGCCUGAGGUUGUCCGUGGAGAAGCUCUCGGAUGCGUACCAGGCGAACAGUAACACCGAGGCGGAGCUGAGGGUGGUGCAGGUGCAGUUGGAGAGCGCCCUCGCCUCGGCGGAUGCCAGUGAGGGCGAGCGGCGGGCUCUCGCGGAGCAGCUCGCGACCACCGUGCUGCAGCUGCAGGCUGCGGAGACGGAACGAGAUUCGCUGUUUCAGCAGCUGGAUCGCAGUCAGCGGGAGCUUGGGACAGCUAGAGGGCACUUGCAGGAAGCGCAACGCCGGGUGGCGGAGGCUCUGUCUGAGAAGGGCACGCUGCGGGCUCAGCUGGGUGAGGUACGGCAGCAGCUGCAGGCGGCGGAGGCGGAGGCUGCGACCAAGGCCAGUCGAUGUCGCGUCGCGGAGGAGGCUGCGUCGGCCAUGUCGCUUCAGUUGUCGGGUGUGCGGGAGGAGGUGGCGGCGGUGGCAGCGAAGCUUCAGAAGGCGCAUGCGGAGGCGCGCUCAGCCAUUGCUGCGAGGGAGGCGCUGGCGGCAAGUGCUGCGGAUCAGCUUCGAGCCGAGGUGGCAAGUCUGCAAGUCCGGCUAGCGGAGACGCAGAAAGUACGGCAACGGGCGGAGCGGGAGGCGGCGGAUCUGCGUGUUGAAAAGGCGAUGUUGGAGACGCAGCUGGCGCAGGCGCAAAAGGCCCUCAAGAUUGAGACGGUGGUGGGCAAGCAGCUGGUGGCCAAGCUCCGUAACGAGCUCGCCGCCACCGUCAAGGCCCUGCAGGAGGCGCAGACUGCUGCGGAAACCGCCCGGGCUGCCGAAACCGCGCAGGCGGCGGCCCUCGAGACUGCCACCUCCAACGCCGCCACCCUGCAAGUCUCCAUUCAGCAGCUGCAGCAGUCCCUGGCGGCGGCGGAGCAGCAACUCGACCGCGACCAUGCAGCCAGCACGGCUGCCAUUGCUGUCGGGGAGGCGCUUCUCGAGGCCCUCCAGGACCGCGAGAGGGAGCUACGGGACCGCGAGGCCACCAACCAGGGCCUCCAGGCGGAGCUGGCGGAGGUGACGGCGCAGCGGGAUCAUGAGCGAGAGGUGGCGCGGGCCACCGCGGAAGCCAAGUCGUUGCUGCAGGCGCAGAUGGCGGAACGGGUGCUGGAGCUACAGUGCCAGUUGGGGCUUGUGGAGGCGGCGUCGACAGAGGCCAGCAACUGGCAUGCCGCGAGAGCGGAGGAGCUCCAGCGCCGGUGUGAGGUCAGCCUUCGGUGCAUCCGUGACUUGCAGGCGCAGCUUGAGAGGAGCGAGGCGGCCAGGAAGGGGCUGUUGCUGGAGAAUGCGGCAGCGGAGCGGCGGCAACAGGAGCUGCAGCAGGUUAUUGCUGCUGGGGAGGCGGAGCAACGGCGACUGCUGUCUCGUGCCACUGCCGCUGAGGCUCAGCGGAGGGAGCUCAUGAACCAGAACAACGCUGCCAAGGUUGUCCGCAAGCAACUCAUGAAGCAGGCCGCGGCUUCGGAGGCUGAUCGGCGCCGGUUUGAGGUGCAGGCGAGGGAGGCGGAGGACAGGCACAAGGCACUUCUCGAGCAGGUUGCGGCUGCGGAGGCGCACCAUCGUGAGCUGUUGGUGAAGGCGGAGGCGGAUAAGGAGCAGCUUCUUGCUCAGACGGCUGCGGUGGAGGCUGAGCGGGAUGAGCUGUUGGCGCUGAAGGAGGCUUCGGAUGGUGAGCGUCUGCAGCUGCUGACACGGGCCGAGGAGGCGGAGAAGCACUGGAAGCAGUUGCUCUUGCAGAAGGCGGCGGCUGAGGCGGAGCGCGACCUGUGGCUGUCACGAGCUGAGGCAGCAGAGGCGGCGAGGGAGGAGCUGCUACAACGAAACGAAGCUGCCGAGGCGGACCGACAGGCUCUGCUGUUGCGGGUUGCCGAUGUUGAGUCGGAGCGUGAUCGGCUGCUAGCCCAGGCGGAGGCAGCGGAGGCGGGGUGGCGGGAGCUGCUAGGGCAGAAUGAAGCCGCGGAAGCAGCACGACAGCAGCUGCUGCAGGAGGUAGAGGCUGCGGAGGCUGCUCGGAACAACCUCCUGCAGCUGAUGCAGCAGGCGGAGGCUGAGCGGGAACAGCUUGUUGCCCGGGCUGAAGCUGCUGAGGCGGAGCGCGAGCGACUGCUUGCACUGAACACCGAGGCUGUGACGCAGCGGCAACAGCUUGUCGAGCGCGCGACAGCUGCGGAGGCCGACCGGGCUGCUCUGCUUGAGCAGGCGGCUAUUGCGGACGCUGAGCGGGAACGCCUGCAGGAGCAGCUCACCAGGGCUGAGGCGGAGCGGCAGAGGCUAGUGGCGGAGGCCGCACGGGCGAAUGCCGCGCGGGCCGGCCUCAUGGCGGAGGUUGCAGCGGCUGAAGCGGCACGUGCGGAGCUCACGCGGCAGGCUGCGGUUGCGGACGCUGAGCUGGAGCGGUUGCUGGCUAGGAACAUGGCGGUAGAGGAGCAGCGGGAGGAGCUCAUUGCGCAAGCUGAGGCGGCGGAGAUGGAGCGGGAACACCUCUUGCAGCGCGCCGCGUUCGCCGAGGCAGAGCGUGAGCGCUUGCUGGACGAGAAUCGAACCGCGGAGGAGGAGAAGCAACAGCUCUUGGAGCAGGCGGCGGCGGCGGAGGUGCAGCGAAUGAACCUCUUGGCCCGGGUUGCGGACUACGAGGUGGAGCGUGAGGUGCUUAUGGCGCAUGCAAACGCUGCGGAGGCGGAACGGCAGCUCCUGCUGUCACAAAACGCUGAGGUCCGGGCGCAGCGGGAGCAGAUGGUUGAGCAGGCGGCGGCUGCCCAGGCGGAGCAUGAUCAGCUUCUGCAGCGCGCUAUCGAUGCUGAGGCGGAGCGGCAGCGACUGCUUGCUCAGCACGCUGAGAUGGAGGCAGAGCGGCAGAGGCUAGUCGAGCAUGCGGCAGCGACCGAGGCCCAGCGGAGAGAUCUGGUGGAGCAGGUUGCGGCGGCUGAGGCUUCACGGCAAGUGCUGCUAGACCAGGCUGAUGUGGCGGCAGAAGAGCGUCGGCGCCUGCUGCAGCAAAACGAGGAGGUGGAGCUGGAACGGCAGCAGCUGUUGCAGCUGGCAGAGGCGAGGGAAGCGGAAAGGGGGCACCUAGCGCAACAGGUCGAGGCAGCGGAGACGGAGCGGCUAAGGCUCCUCUCGCAAGCCGAGGCUGCGGAGGCUGAGCAGCGGCGCUUGAUGGAGCUUAACGCGACCGUGGAAUCCGAGCUGCAACGACUGGUGGCUCAUGCAGCCAUGACGGAUGCAGAGCGGAGGCAAUUGCAUGAGCAAGCAGUCAUCGCUGCGGCCGAGCAGCGGCGGCUACUGGCUCAGCUUGCGGAGGCGGAGGAGGCGCGUCGGCAGCUGCAGGAGCAGGUGGAGGAGGCGGAUGCUCAGCGGGAGGACUUGCUGGCUAGGGUUGCGGAGGCGGCGACGGAGCGGGAACAGCUCCUCCUGCGUGCAACCGCCGCCGAGGCCGAGCUAGAGCGUCUCCUGGCUGACAGAGAAGCAGCGGAUGCAGAGCGGCAGCGGCUGCUGGAGCAGUUGGGAGCGGCGGAGGCGGAGCGGGAGGCCCUCAUGACGCGUGUGUCGGAGGCCGAGGCGGAGCGCAUGGAGCUUCUGCAGCAAGCAGCUGAAGCCGAGCUCGAGCGGCAGGCCUUGGUCGCCCAAAACACAGCCGCUGAGGAGGCCCGUCAGCAGCUCUUGGAGCAGGCAGCGGUGGCGCAGGCAGAGCGGGAGCACCUCUUGGCGCGGGCGGCAGCAGCGGAGUCUCAGCGUAACGAGCUCCUGGUGCGUGCUACCGCUGCCGAGGCGGAGCGGCAGCGGCUCCUGGACGAGCAUGCGGAGGCCGAGGAGGAACGGCAGCGCCUGAUGGAGCAGGUGGCGGAGGUGCAGGCCGAACGCGAGGAGCUCCGGGCAGCCAACGCGGCCUUGGAGGUUGCGCGGCUGCAGCUGGUUGAGCAGGCUACAGCGGUCACCCGGGAACGUGACGAGCUGCUGUCGCAGCGGGAUGUUGCGGACACGGAGCGGCGGGAGCUGCUAGAGCUCGCGAUGGCUGCAGAGGCUGCCAGGCGGGCGCUGCUGACUGAGGUUGCUGCCUCGGUGGCUCAACGGCAACAGCUUUUGGAGCGAGCGGAGGCUGCGGAGGAGGCGUUGCAGCAGCUGCAAGGACGCAACGCAGCUCUUGAGGAGGAGCGGGAGCGGCUCUUGAGGGAGGCUGAUGCCGCCGCGGAUGAACGCGUGGGGCUGUUGGCUCAGGUGGCUGCGGCGGAGGCUGAGAGGCUGCAGCUUAUCGAGGCGGCGGAGGCGGCGGCGGUGGAGCGGAUGGGGCUGCUACAGCAGGCCGCGGUUGCUGAGGCUGAACGCAGCGAGCUGCUUCGGCAAAAAGCCGAGUUGGAGGCUGAGCGAGGACAGCUGUUGGUGCAGGCGGCCGUGGCGGAUGCAGCGCGUACCGAGCUUCUUGAGCAGAACGAGGCUGCCGAGGCUGAGUGCAGGAGGCUGCUGACUCAGGCUGUAGCAGCGGAGGCCGAGCUUCAGGAGUUGCGAGAGCAGCUCUUGGCGCAGGGUGCUGCCUCGGAGGCGGAACGAGAGGCUCUGUUGCAGCGCGCGACCACUGCCGAGGCACAGAGGGCUCAGUUCUAUGAGCAGUACAACGCUGCUGAGGCUGGCCGGCAAGCGCUGCUGACCCGUACGGAGGCGUUGGAGGCUGAGCGGGGUGAGCUCCUUGCGAGGCUGGGUGCUGCAGAGGCGGAGCAAGCGCGGCUGCUGCGGCAAGCUGAAAUCGCCAAUGCCGAGAAGGAUGACCUGCUAGCCCUCGCGACGUCAGCAGAGUCAGCGCGCAGGGAGCUGAUAGCGCAGAAUGCAGCAGCUGAGGCCGACCGGGAGCGGUUGAUCAACCAGGCUGUUCGGCUGGAAACCCAGCGCGGCGGGCUGCUGGCUAGGCUGGAGGCAUCGGAGGCGGAACGUGACCAGCUUAUAGUCAACCUGCAAGGAGCCGCCGCCUCCCGCCAAUCGCUUGAAGCCAGGAUCGCAAGCGAGGAAGCCGCCAAGGGCGAGCUGCAGGUCCUCCUCCAUACCACGGAGGCCGCCCGCGCAGACGCCCUGGCACAGCUCUCGGACGCCAACUCCUCCCUCUCAUCACUCCAGCAGCAACUCCAGCGGGCCAACGCUGAGCGGCAGCACCUGGAGCAGCAGCUCUCCUCUGCGGUAGAGGAGCGGGCCGGGCUGCAGGAGCGGCUGGCGGAGGCGGAGGCGGCGCACCGGCACCUGCAGACCUGCUUUGGGGUUGCGGAGGAUGCCCGGCAGCAGCUGGAGGCGCAGGUGACGGCUGCGGAUGCGGCUUUGCUGGAGCUCCGGGAUACCGUCAGCAGCGCGCAGGCGGCUCGUGCGGAGGUGGUCUCACUGCGGGAGAGCGCUGCUGCGGCCCGGGAGGCGUCGCAUGCUCAGCUGGAGGCUGCUCAGAGGACGAGUGCGCAGCUGCAGGAGCAGCUAAGUGCUUCCGAGGCGGCAUGCGAGGAGCUGAAGGCGCAGCUGGAGGAGUCGGAUGCAACCCUGGGUCAGAUGCUGGACCAGUUGGUGGCAGGCGAGGCGGCGCAUCAGGCCCUGCAGAGGGAAUUCGAAGCGUCGCAGGCUGCAUGUGCGCAGAUGCAGGCGCAGCUGGCACGUGUGGAGGCCGCGGCUCAUGAUUUACAGGCGCGGGUUGGGGUGUAUGAGGAGCACCGGCAGCAGCUCACGGAGCGGUUGAAUGUGUCGGAGGCGGCGAUCCCGCAGCUCCUGGCGCAGCUGGACGCUGCCGGGGAGGCACGUGCGGACCUGUCGUCGCGGCUGAGCGAGUCGGAGGCUGGUCGGCAGUUUCUUCAGGAGCAAAUGGACAAGAUGGUGCGGCGGCUGGCGGCGGCGCAGGACGCGGCGGUCAUUAAGCGCAUGACGCAGCGGACUGCCGUACAGGAGCAGCUGGAGGAGCUCACGGCGGCGGUGGCGCAGGAGAGGGAGCAGUCCCGCGCUCGGGAGGAGGGGCUGGUGGAGGAGGUGGCGGCGCUGCAGGCGACGGUAACUCAGCAGGCGAUAAGCGGUGCUGUCCGCGUCGCCAUGGCGCGCGCCUGCUGGCAAGCCGCUGAGGAGGAACGCCAGGCCCUGCUAGAGGAGCAGCAGCAAGAGCAGCAGCAGUUUGCGAGCGAGCGGGAUGCGCUAACAGAAGCAGCGGCAUCCUUGCAGGCGGAGGCGGAUGCGCAGAUUGUCCGCAGCACCGUCCGGGUCGCCAUGGCGCGCGCCUGCUGGCGGGCUGCGGAGGACGACCUGCGGGCGCUGCUGGGAGACCCGGAGGUCCUGCGCCGAUCCGUGACCCUAAGCUACGAACAGGGGACCAUUGAUGAGCAGCUUCUUCGAUCAGCACUGGUGCGGGCUAGUUGGCCUGCGUCGGAGGACACGGUCCUCUCUUUGCAGGAGGAGCACCUCUUGGCUCUGCAGCAGCAGCAAGAGCGCGAGCAGCAGGAGGUGGCAAGGCUACAAGCGCAGUUCCAAGCGGCCGCCGACCGGCAAAUCGUCCGUACCAUUGUCCGCGUCGCUCUUGCUCGCGCCUGCUGGCGUGCCGCCGAGGAGGAGCGUAGGGCCCUUCAGGACGAGCUGUACGAGCUGACCACCGGAUUUGGAUCCGAGUACGACUCGCAGGGCGUUACAGGGGAGUCCCUGGCGGGUGCUGGCCUCCCCGGCACCCCCCACGGCGCCCAGCCGCAGAGCGGUCUGGGCAGCCGUUCUGAGGGCCGCUCACUCGGGGGUGCGACUCCGUUUGGCCGCUCACAGCACGGUUCUGAGGAGGACUCGACGGGUUCACGGCUGCAAGACAUCGAGUCACAGCUCGACGUCGUGCGGAGGCGGCUGGUGGAGUUGCGGCCCCAGACGGCCAGCCGCAUGGCCGCAGUGGACGCGGCACUGCAGGUGCCCAGCUCCUUUGCGGAGAUGUUCCGGCGGUCGGAGCACGGGGCCGGGAUGGAGCCGCUGGACCAGCUGUCAGACUCCACCAUAGGAACGCCGGUGCGGCAGGUUUCGGAGGACAGCACCGAGGCGGCGCAGCGCCCUCGCGUCCGCCGGGACUCGUUCAGUAUGGUGCCCGACCUGUGCAGCCUGGGAACCAUGCUGGACGCCAACGCGGGAGCCCAGCCCACCACCUCGGUGGCAGCUGACCCACGGGUCGUCGCCACGCGGGACAUUGAGGACACCGCACAGGCCCCCUACGCGCCCGCUGCGCCGUUCAGCACCCCCGCCACCACCUACCGGAUCGCGGGUCAGGCCCGCGCGUCGCGGCUUGUGGCCACCUCUGCUGCCGUACAAGCGGAGGGCGACAUGUUCAGCCCCACACCUGCGGUCUCGCCCUCCAUUGAGGAGCAGAUUGCCUUCUUCCGGGCGCAGCUCAGUGAGGCUGAGGAGACGAGUCGGCGGCUGGGAACGCGGUUGGAUGCAGCUCGUCAGCUGCCCGCCUCGGGCAUCCUGGAGACCGUUGCGGCCCAAAUGCAAGCCAAGGGGCAGAGCACACCGGUGGCGACCCCAAGCUGCGACACCCGCAAUUCGGACAUGCUCCACGACGGCGACACCGAGUACAACUCCUGCUGCCAAGACCGCCUGCUUCACGAGUUCAGUGCGGGUGUCUCGGUCGCCAGUCCAUCCCCGCUGGACUUCCCUGCCGUCGCCUACGCGCUGAUUGCCCUUCGGAACGGCAUUCAAGGCAUGCUGACACAGCAACACCCCGGCCUUCACCAGCAGCAGCAACAACAACAGCAACAAGACAAGCCGCAGCAGCCGCAACAGCCGCCAGAGCAUCGACCAGGUAGUGCCGGCGGCGGCUCCGAAACCCUCGCCGCUUUGCUGAGCCACGUGCAAGUGCUGGAGGACCAGCUCCUGGGGGGCACCGUUGCCUCGUUGCAGCUACCCUCGGCGCUACCUCAGUUGCACUACCAGCCUCCGCCACCCCUCGCCCCCAUGCUGCUCUCCGCCCCACGCUCCACCGGCCCAUCCCGCUACGCAGCCAUUGCAGAGGCUGACGGGGAGGGUGAGGGCGACGCGGACACUGCUGAAGUGGUAGAUACGGGCGUGCACGGAGAAGGAGACCACAGAGACGAAGGCGGUCAGGCAGCGUUGUUCUCACCCCUGCCCAGCCGAGCGACAUCCACCCUCAGCGAGUCCCCCUUGCUCAUGGCGACUGACGCCAUGGCGCCACACUGCGUGCUCACCAUAACGGACGAUCCAAACCACCAACCGCAGCAACAGCACCUCCACCUCCACCAGAUCCAGCAGCUGGCCCAGGCAAGGCUGCCUCGCCGCAGCAGCGGAGGCGGUGCCCUGGUGAAGCCCGCUCCCCUGCCCGUGGUCGCCGGCUCCACCAAGGACAGUCCCGGCAGCUCCCCGGCGCCCCCCCACCGUGUCGUCGCCUCCAUCCAAGCCCUCGCCUACGAGGACUCCAUGACGCAGGUGGCGCCCAUGGUGCCAGACGCAGCCGCGGAGUCGACUUCCGAGUCGGGCUCUGAGGAUGGUAUGUGGGAUGAGGAGGCCGCAGCGCCUCGGGGGCAGACGGAUCAGUCCUCGGCGGCUGGCAUGGCAGGCGCUGCGGUGGCUGCUGCUGUUGCCCCUGCCCGGGAGCAUCUUGCGACGAUGCCAGCCUUGCAAAGUGGACGGUACGACAGCGGUGAGCCAUACGGUUGGCGCAGCGGCAGAGGGUUGCCUCUUGCAGGAGGGCAGCCACAGCAGCAGCUCACAACAGCUGCUGGUGAGGAGAGCGAGGAGGUGGGCUUUGUCACAGCCAGGGCCAUGGAGCCCCCGCCGUCCUCGUCCUCGUUUCUGCAUGCUGCCGCUGGGUCGCAUCAUCAUCACCAUCAUCAUCACCACCACCAUCAGCCGCCACCACCUGUAGUUCCGCCGCCGGUGUCUCGGCCGCCGUCGCAGUCGGAAAUUGAGGUGGCGGAAGAGGACUCGGAGACCCAGCAUGUUGCGCAGCGGUGCAUGGUGUUGGAGCUGUCGGACGUGACGGGCAGCGGUGCGCCUGCAGGCACCGCCUCUGACAACUCCCUGACCCCCGGCGCUGCCGCUGCACCCGCGGUGUACUCAAAUGCUGCCAUGUGGGCAUCCCUUCCGUCCUCUGGCGCCUUUUACGACCCUGCCCCUACCGACACCUCGGUUCUCUCCCGUCCGGACCAGGAAUCCUUGGACACAGCCGCCACCGCCGCCGCCCUCACACCCAGCGCCUUCACGCCGGAGCCCUUGGAUCCGGACGCCGCAGAGCACAUGCUGCGGUUCAACAACCCCUACUUUGCUUCCACACCCACAGCUAGUGAUGCCGCCGCUAUCUCGCACGGGCUAGGCAUGGGCGCCAACAUCCUCAACCGACAGGGCAACGGUUGGUCGCCAUACAAGGGGCCCGUGCAUGGGAUCAUUGGGCGGCGGGUUCCGGAGGGGCUCCCCGGUCUGCUUGUGUCUGAGAGCGUGAACCUGGCUGCGGCAUCUCGAGCGGCACGGAGGGGGGCGGUCGUCAGCGACAGCGGUGGAGAUGCUGAAGCGCAGCCCUCGGGCGUGCAUGACGGCCGCACCUCCUCUCCGGGAGAGGGCCGCACCGCCUCCAUGUCCGGCUCCACCGGCGGCGCCACCACUCGCAGCUCAGCGGCCUCCAACGCCGGCGCCAUGCUAGCUCCCUCGCAACCCGCCCCGCUGCGUGCGGCCCACCCCGGGGAGGCCGCCUCGCUGCAUGGCAGUGUGACGGACAGCACCGGGCUGGGUCCGUUCGGGGUGGGUGCGCGCGCGGACAGGGGCGCCACUGGCCUGCCGCCAGGCGGCCAACAAAGCCGUGCAGCCCCGCGCUUCUUCCUUCGGUUGCCUUCUCGCCAGCAAUCCAGGACGUCCCCUGUCUACCCAGACCACACGCCUACCCACGAGGGCGGCCCUGUAGAGGACAACGCCAGCCGAUCCAGCGCGCACGAGCAACAGGCACCUACAACUGACGACUCCAGCAUUGGCGUUUUGCCCUUGCCGCCUCUCUCUGCCACUGCUGCCGCGGCCGGCGGCGGCUUGUCUGCGCUGCCCCCGAUGUCUGGCGUAAAGCACAAGUCGAAGAAGACCAGUCUGCUGGGCAAGAUCAAGCGCGCUAUAGGUGUGGGACGGAGCAACGGUGGCAGCACAGUUGCUGAUGCCUUUUCACGGCUGGCGAGGCGGGCCGACCAGUGAGUUGGUUUGGCGGUAGGCUACCUUGCCUAUCUACGGUGGUGUUGCUUGGAAAGGACGGAUGCAAAGCUUACGUACGUUGACGCCCAGAGGCAUGUUGCUACCGUUGAAGCAAGGAAACCCGCCAGCAGGGAGCACAGCUGUUGAUCGUUUUGCUGUUCCCGUUGUAGUUGUGCUUAACGUCUCGAUCACACACUUGCUAGGCCACACCAGCUAAUACGUGGCUCAUGCAGGAUGCAUGUGGGCCAGUGUUGUGUGGUAGGACUUGUGUUGCCUGAUGCAGUAGUAGUGACGAUGCCCCCUGAUCUUGUGUUGUUGUUGACCUUUAUUUGCGCAUCCCCCACUCGAAUGUACAAGCGCGAUCCGGUGUGUGUCCUGUAGUGUAUAGCAUUCCCAAAUUAGAACAACUCAGGAUGAGGUAGGCACAUGUGCGAUCUUGCUGUACUCGACUGCUGCGGAGGUGUUGCUUGUUUAGGACAGCUGGUUGCGUUGGGGUCGUUGGCGCCUGCAGAACUGACCGUAGUAUUGAAAGCCAGCAUUCUGGCAGAUAAGCGCGUGUGAUUUUGGAUGGCAGCAUAGUGAACGCAAGAGCGACCAAGUGAGAUCGCAGUAUGACAGGACACAGCUGCAGUGGGGUAGGUUGGCAUUGUGCGAUGGGCACGCAGGGCUAGCCGCAGGUGGUUUAGACGGACGUGUUUAUGGCGACGAUGGGCUCUUCAAUGUUGUGGAUAGCGCCACAGCAUUGAAUGCACCAGAGGCUAUGAGAAGACGGUCAUGACGUCCCAACCCACGCUCGUUUAUCGUAUAUAAGAGGUGGCGUGGAGCGUGCAGGGGCUAGUUGAGCAGGUGACUGUGCAGUGGUCUUGUAUGGGUGUGGGAGUGCAGUGCUGGCGUGACCUCGACUGAGACUUAUUUGCGCGGUUUUGCCCGUGGACAGCAGGGUUUUUAUUUUUGCGUGGGGAGAUUGGCUGGUGUUCAGAAGGCAUUAUCGCUGUGCCACCUUCUGAGGGACAGUAGGCGUGCAUGUUAACUGCGAUCUUUGUAGUUGUACGGGGCAUAUUAUGUGACCCUCUUUCUUUGUUACACAGUAAUAUAUGAUUGGUACGGGGUAAUCCACGGAUUUUCUUCUACAGGAGUUGAGCAUGCUUGCCGCUCCUUUGCCGCAGUUGUGGUGCCUUGCAUUGUUCUGAUAGCUUGGGGUGCUUUGCAGUAUUAUAUAAUGGUGCUGUGUGUGCUGUUGGAAGGCAUUUCAUGUUGACUAUUGUUCGUGGGGAAGGCUGUAGUGCUUGACAGGGGCGGCCAUACCUCGCAUGUUUGGUGUAACCCUCAGCCCCAG